AGAAGCUUCAUCAACUUUUGAAGAAAACGAACGUCAUCAUGGUUCUCACGACCACAGCGAGCAUAUUCUCAUAAUUAACUCGCUCAUAGACACUAUGAAGUCUGGCGGGCGGAUAACACCCCAAUUACUCGCCAGGCAAGUUGAAAAAGCCCUCGAAGCCCAAGCCCGCGCCUCCCAUAUCCACAGCUAUAGCUAUAGCACACAAACCUGGACAUCACGAUGCUGUAAUAAACCCACCAACACCAUUCUCCGACAAACCACCCCUUCCCUCCGCCGCCCCUUCACCAACACAACCCACCGCGCCGCGCGUCCUCCCGCCGAAGACCCCUCCUUCACCUCCAUCCUCGACAACCCACCCGAACUAGUCCGCACCGGCCGACGCCACGGUCCUGGUCUAAUAAUCCUCGCCAUCAUCCCAGUAACCGCAUUCUUACUCGGGACAUGGCAAGUACAACGUCUAGGUUGGAAAACUGAACUCAUCGCUAAAUUCGAAGACCGAAUCGUGCGCGAGCCCCUUCCUUUACCACCCCGCAUCGAUCCUUCCGCAAUCCAUGAUUUCGAUUUCAGGCGUGUACUUGCGACGGGAAGGUAUAGACAUGAUAAAGAAAUGCUGGUAGGCCCGCGGAUGCGUGAUGGUGAGCAGGGGUUCAUGGUUAUUACGCCGCUGGAGCGGGGCGGGGAUGAGAGGGCGACGGUGUUGGUGAAUCGUGGGUGGAUUGCGAAGAAGUUCCGACGGCAGCAGGAUCGGCCGGUGGAGGCAUUGCCGCACGGGGAGGUAGAGGUUGAGGGUUUGUUAAGGGAGCCGUGGAAGAAGAAUAUGUUUACACCAGAGAAUAGGCCGGAUAUUAAUGAGUUCUAUUUCCCGGAUGUCAAGCAGAUGGCUGCGCUGACGGGGAGUCAACCCGUGUGGAUUGAACAGACUAUGGAGCCGGAUUUACUCCAGACUCUGGACAUGGAAAAUAAGGGCAUUCCUAUCGGAAGACCAGCAGAGGUCAAUCUGAGGAAUAACCAUGCCCAAUACAUUUUCACAUGGUAUGGACUCGCGGUAGCGACGUCGAUAAUGUUCUAUAUGGUAGUCAAGAAACCCCCUACAGAUAUCUCGCGAAGGGUACGGAUGAAUAAGGAAUGGUCAUAGACCUCCUCGUGAAUACACGCUUUGUAUUCCUUUAUCAAAAGCCGUAAUAUGUUCCGGGCUCAUGUUACUUCAUCCUCCUCCACGUCCGCAUGACGUGGCUGUUUCUUUCGAGGAACUUUUGUCGGCGGAGGGACCGACAUGCGCAACUCCUGAAGGAGUUCUCUCGGUAGAUGUCGUUGCGCCAGGGAAAAUGGUGUUGUCGAUGUGUUAGUCUGCCGUUGUCUGCGCCGCUCACAUGGUUAAUAUGUAUCACUACGAAAAUAGAUAUGUAGAUAUGAACAUAC